UACUGCCACAUUUCACGCUCCCCGCAGCGCCCCGCUCCCUGUUACUACCCCCCCACCCCACCCCCCAUGCCUGCAAUCAUUUACUUUUCGAGCUGGUACAGUUAGCUUCGAAAUGCAAAUGAUAUUUAUAUCGAACUCCGCCGGAUCUGAAUGUUCGUGAAUGUGUAAUCUCAGACUUCCACUAUAUUUAUAUCUAUUCUGGGAGCCAGAUUUGUGCAAUUGAUUUGAAUCAUGAAUGAGUGAAGAGUUAUGGGUUUGAACAGUAGCAAGCACAGUGCUCCUGGCCCCUCAUCCUCGUCGUUGUCGUCGUCGUCGUCGUCUUCUGCGACGGCAGUACGGCGGAGCCGAUCCAGCAGAACCAGAGCUCUGAAACCGUCGUGUCUCCGAUCUCAUCGCUUUGAUUGCGAUGAAUCUCAGAUCUCCGAUUGCCCGAAUGAAGAGAAUGGCAAGUCAGUCUCUUGUCAAGUCUCAUCCGAAUGUUACGGGACGGAUGAAGAUGAGCCGACUGAUCUCCAUGAUUGGGACGAAUCGAAUGGAGUCUCUGAACAGGGCAAUACUUCCAUGUCUAUGCCGCAGCCAUCAAACCCUCCCAGUCGUCUUGUUUCUCGCUUCAGUUUCUACCCUGGAAACUUAAGCUUCCGCCUCGCCAGAUCAAGCAGCUCGGCAGCUGCAAGAUCUUAUCAGUCCGGCGGCGUCGCUGCCGGAAACGAAGAUGGAGAGUGUGUGGGUUCUUCUAGAAGUGACAGACUACGAGGUUGUGAAUUUUUACCUUCUUGCUUCUCCAACAGAUCUCCCAGAAUGCAAGAUGAGAAUGGCAGGUCUAAUCCAAGUCUGGACGACGGCUGCUUGAGGAAUAGGGAUGGUUCGAGAGUAGAAUGCAAUCCAAAUUUAUUUUCGCCUGAGAAUCAUAUGAACUCCGACAGCAUCAGGCAUGCUGAAAGACGGUUCUCUACUCGCGAACCUGCAGAACGGAACGUCCGGUUUAGUAGAACUUUGAGUGUCGGCAGGCUUCGAGACAGGGUUCUCCGCAGAGCAUCUGCUGCCGAUUUGGACUUGUACCAUUUCCCACAAAGCCGAGAAGAAAGACUCGCACGACACCGACGUGGUUUAGGCCAUACUGAAGUAGAGGCGACGCCUGAUGAUAGUAAUGAUAUUAGCAACAUCGGUCAGCAAACAUCCUUGGACAAUGUAGUACCGUCUACUUUCUCUAACGGUUUUCAUGACAGUCCGCGUGUUAGAGAGACGAGGUACCGUGAUCUCCUGGAGCACAGGUCUAAUUUCCUCGAGCGUAGAAGACGAAUAAGAUCUCAGGUUCGAGCGCUUCAGCGACUGGGAAGUCGGUUUGAGAAUAUGUCCGGUCACGAGAGGUCUUGCAUCUUAUCUGGCCAGCACCGAGGCGGUCAUUGCUCAUGUUGCCUUUCUGCUCGGGAGGGCAACUCGAAUGAUGACGCCAAUGCUCGGGCCAGUAUAUCAAGAAUCGUGAUGCUAGCCGAGGCUCUAUUUGAGGUUCUAGAUGAAAUCCAUCAGCAAUCUGUUGUGCUAUCAUCCAGCCCUUCGGUAUCUCCCAUCGGAUCAGUCCCGGCGCCUAACGAAGUGGUGGAGUCCUUGCCUCUGAAAACGUUCAAUAAACUGAAAAGGAAGCCGUGCGAAGAUGCUGCACAAUGUUACAUAUGCCUUGUUGAGUACGAGGAUGGAGACAGCAUGCGGGUGCUGCCCUGCCGGCAUGAAUUUCACCGAGAUUGCGUUGAUAAAUGGCUGAAAGAAAUUCACAGGGUAUGCCCGCUUUGCAGAGGCGAUAUUUGUCGCGUCGAUUCGAUCCCUUCCAGGAGCUGAUGAUGGGGCCUUAAUAUUUACUUGCCUCAAUGGAAUAGCUUCUGGAAUUUCAUGGCUGCCGGCAUCUGUCUGUUGUUCUGUUAUAUUCAUUUCGGCUUCAUAAAACAAGUCAUACUUACUUUGAUCUAUACAUAUACAUAUCUAUUUAUUGCCUGAAA